CCCCCCCCCCCUGGAUCUGCCGAAAAGAUUGAUUUUGAAAAGACUACGGCGCCUACGUGAGACGACCAGGCCAACAUCGAUGUCUACGUUGAAGGUGAUUUCCCGGGGAGUAACAAGAGUUAUAGUAUAGAUUUAUAUUUAACGUUAUGAUACUAUUUGUUAGAUAGGUCAAAUACAGUGAUUAGCUAGCUAUAAUAUAUGUGGUAAUGGAAGACAGACGAUAAUAAAGAAAUUGAUGAUUGUGCCUUAAAGUUUUACUGUUAUGUCAUAUACGUUUGAGCUUGCAGCUUGCUUAUAUCAUGAUUGAUCUCUGUGCAAGCUCUCGCGCAUCCGCACAAGCAACGAGUCUAAAAUACUUUAAGAUCAUGUUCCAGUUAAUGAAAUAAAAAUCGAUUGCAAUAUUCAUGACAAAUGUACUCUGCCGUAUCUGUUACAUCCAAUAAAUCUAUUCCAUUUCUAUUGUACAUCUGCUUAUGUCGAUCUACCCUGCUCUGCUCAGCUGCGCCUGAGCCUGACCCUGUUUGAAUUUACUGCUCAUUCGUUUGGGAGGCUGACUAUCUAUACCUACUGAUCAUCCUUCUCUCUUUCUCCCUUUCACCGUUUGCCAUCCUCCAGCUCUCUUCCACGAGGCCUUGGGAAUUCCUCUAGCUGAAGGUACAGUAUCGAUCUGCUGACCAAUAAACGGCCCAGGAGUAAAAGAGGUCACGGUUGCGAGUUCCGACGGGGUUGGCUCUGGUGGUUAAGGGGUGGUAGUCAGCAAAUCUACAGACGUAGCCCAGUAGUAUAGCCUCGAUAGUGGUAGUACUCCAGGAGGUGGUAGUCCGAGGCGCUUGCGCAACCCAAACCGAGUAGCGUACGACUGGCUGACGCUCGUAGCUCUUGUCGCCUUCAAUAACGACUUUACGUCGUCGUCUAGAAAGAGAGGGAAGUCGAGUAUACCUACUUGCGUGAGGAAGGAAAGGAAGGAACGCAGUUCGAUGUGGCGUAUCGCGAAAGCGCUACAGUGAUAAGAGAUUCCGGUACGCCGCGACGUCCAGUGCCGCUCGUUCUGCAGGACGUUGGCCGAUGCCGCUACGAGGAAGACGAUACCUGGAAAUAUCGCGUCUGCUGAAUUGUUCGUAUACGAGGCUCCCCUAGGAUGAUGAGGACGUAACGAUGUCUCAGCCUAUUGGACUAACGUGCUGUAAGGCACACCAUGAAGAUCCCAGGGUGUCUCAUGGAGGACGGCCACAACGGUGACGACGUUCCCUCCUCGUGAAACUCCAGCAUGGAUAUUCAAAAGAAACAUCUGUGCCCCCGCCUGGUCGAUUAUCUCGCCAUCGUGGGGGCCAGACCACCUUCAGCCUCUCGUCAACCUGUCCAGGUCCCGGAACUGCUGCGCAGAUAUCCUCUAGAGGAUCACAAGGAUUUCCCUCUACCUCUUGAUAUGGUUUACUUUUGUCAACCAGAAGGAUGCAGCAGCGUCGGCCCAAAGCGAACAGCUUUGCGAGAGGCCACUUCCUUUACCUUCACCCUCACUGAUAAGGAUUCAGGAAAAACACGUUAUGGGAUAUGCGUGAAUUUCUAUCGACCAAUCGAGAAACCAGGAAGUUUUGUUGGCGGCGGAAACGGAAGUGGUGGUGGAAGUGGCCUGGGUGGUAGACGCGAAAGGCACAGUACGACCUUUCGUCGGGAGAGCUGGCGCAAGAGUAUGGAAAAGAGUUCCGAUUCGGCGUUCUCCAGCGACUAUAGGAGCAGUGCGGUAGGUCCCAGUGACUCUGAAAGAGAUUGCCCAAGUAGAAGAGACUCAGAUACGCCACAUUCGAUGUCUCAUGCUCCACGCCUUGGUAUCACAGCACCUAGUGGAGACAGCGAGAGUGGCGGAAGUCAUUCUCCAUCGCCACGAGCUUCUCGAAGACGUCAGAGAGUUCGCAAUCAUUCCUUAACAUCCUUAUGCAUAAUAUCCCAUCAUCCAUUCUUCUCAACUUUUCGUGAGUGCCUCUUCGUUUUGAAGAGAAUCGUCGAUGCCUGCAAUGAGAGUUCCUCGCCCAGGCGCGUGGGCGCGUCCAGGCAAACAACAAGAGACACCGUUUGGAGCGUUCUGACCGGUCAGGCAUUCGAAGGAACACCGUCGAUAGUUCUUCAUGACGUCCGCGAAAUUGAAACUUGGAUACUAAGGUUGCUGAGUGCUCCGGUACCCGUACCUGCCAAGACCAGGGUAGAGAUAGAAAUACUCUCGCCUACUAUUCAGCCGCCACUCUGUUUUGCUCUUCCGGAUCACACGCGAUUUUCAUUAGUGGACUUUCCACUUCAUCUACCUCUUGAAUUGUUGGGUGUCGAUAUCUGUCUGAAGGUCCUGACUCUCAUAUUGCUUGAACAUAAGAUUGUGAUGCAGUCUAGGGAUUACAAUGCCCUAUCUAUGUCGGUCAUGGCCUUCGUCACUAUGAUCUACCCUUUGGAGUAUAUGUUUCCAGCCAUUCCACUGCUUCCUACCUGCAUGAGCUGUGCGGAACAGUUACUUCUUGCACCAACACCCUUUGUCAUUGGAAUUCCAGCGUCGUUCUUAAUGUACAAAAAGAACUUCAAGAUGCCAGAUGACAUCUGGCUGGUAGAUCUGGACAGUAACAAGAUCACUCCGCCUACAGGAUUGACUGAUCAUUUACCACCGUUACCUGAGCCAGAGGGAACUAUACUGAAGAAUCACCUGAAGCAGGCUAUGCAACUGAUGGAUCAAGUUGGAGCUGGUGCAAUGGCCAGUAUGUCAACAGCACAGUCGCUUCAGCCCUCACCGCAAUACACGUCGCCCCAAACAUCUCUGCAUUCUCCCAGCAGAAGAGAAAGUUCAGCAUCCCAUCACUCAACCUUAAGUGCUUCCUCCGGCGGUAGGCAAAGACCGAGCGUGGACUACGGUCAACAAAGCCCUGCAAACUCAUCUGGAACCUCGAGUCCACAUAGACCAUCCUUAGUCUCCUCCGUAGGUUCAACUUCUUCACCUCAACGAGGAACAGCACCGUCGUAUCAACAGUCUUUGCAUCAAUUACCACAAUCUCAACAACAUCAUCAUCAGCAGAACCAACAACAGCAGCAAUCGGGUGCUUCUUUCAAUCCGUUUAUUUAUGGAAAUGACGUAGACUCCGUCGACGUCGCCACCAGGGUAGCCAUGGUCCGCUUCUUCAACUCUCAGAAUCUCUUGGCAAACUUCACUGAGCACACCAGGACCCUGAGGCUUUAUCCAAGACCCGUAGUGGCAUUCCAAAUAAAUUCGUUCUUGCGUUCACGACCACGUACCAGCCACUUCCUCAACAAAUUUGCAAGAACCCAAGCAGUCGAGUUCCUGGCCGAAUGGUCGCUUACGCCAAACAAUGUGGCUUUCCUAAGGGUACAGACUGGUGUUUUUGAUCCAGCCCAGAUCGGAGACAAAGGGAAAUGGUUUGCUACCACCCUGGAGCCAAUCUACUUUCCUGUAUGGGACUCCGGGAGUUCAUUAGCUGGCGCACUUAAAGCUAUGAAACAGCUGGAAAAUCAACCAACGGAUGAAAGUGGCUCAGAUUCCGAAGGUGCGGAGAGCACCAGCUCCUCCUAUUCAUCUCUUAGUGACUUUGUCUCAGAAAUGGUCUCAUCCGACCUGUCACCCAGCUACAACUGUCCUCAAGCUACACAGCAACCUCAAGCUCUGGCGCUCUCAGUAGAUCCACGUAGUGUCUACAAUCCACCAAGUGCUCUGCAAUAUCCUGGCAUCGAGGAGGAUCCUCCAAGUCGUCCAGGUAGUCCUCCCAGCACUUCUUCUAGUCACAGCGACCUCAGCAGCCCCAGCUUUAACCGAGAUUCCGAGUUAGAGUUGAAUCCGAAAGCUCGUGAAGCUUUCCAAACAACCAAGAGCGACAACGAUAAGGAAGAAGGAGGUAGCUUUGAAUCAGACUCAGCAUCCACAACGGCGACACCACGCACGAUCCUCAGCGCACAAAGUAUUGUAGGCCAAUUUGGAAGUGGUGCAGGGUCUUUAGAGACUCCUUCAGCCAGCGAUACGGAACGCCCUACCACUCCACAUAGGACUUCGCGGCUCGCUAGAUCUGUCACUCCAGUGCCACCGAUCAGUCCAGGACCUCAGCGGCAGCCGAGCGUCGGUAACGUUCUCGCUCGAACCUCUAGCUUUGGAUCACCAGUAGGAUCCUUCCUACCUAGACAAUCCAGCCAAACUCCCUCUAGUGCAAGCAAUGGUCUCCAGCGACAAUCUGCUGCUGGAAGCGCGCUACCAGGAUCCCCUAGUGCUAUUCCUAGACAAAAUAGCGGCGGCGCCGCCAGCACAACCAGCAGUAGUAGCACUAGUGGUGUUACUCGUCAGGGUUCACAAGGUUCACUCUUUGAACAGAUUGCUACCCAAGCGAAGGAUCUGGUACGUGAGACUACGAGGCAGAGCAGUCAGGACGGCAUACUUGCUCAUAUGGACAAGCUCAAGCACCAGGCCAGGGAAAAGAUCACGGAAGCAGGAGAGGACAGUCUUUUUGCGCCACUGGAACAGCUGACACAACAAACCAAGAAAGCUAUGGGAGAGGCGACCAAAUCUGUACAGGAGGCUUCAAAGACUGCACUAGAGGCUAGCAAGACUGCUGCUGGUGUCAGUAAAAAUACUUUGGACGAUUUGACGUAUGUGGGUAAAAGCACCUUUGGAGACUUCACAAAGAGUGCCAAAGAAGCCGCCGCGAAGAAGGGAUUAUUGAUGGGACUCGGUGAGUCUCAGCAGCAGUCACCGCCGCAGACUCCUCCGUCGCCUCACUCUACAACGUCCUCGAUGGCGACUUCCGGUGGUGGUCCAGGAUCCCAGCGACGAGACUCUUCCAACAACCAAUUGGUUGCUUCGGAUUCGCGUGGCGUCCGUCGUGACAUUGGACGUGAUUUCUUCAGCAAUUUUAGUAGCGACCUGAACGGUAUCGCUGCUCACACAAGCAGCAUGUUUAGUGAUCUCUUUGGCAAUAAGAAUAGCUCUAAUCGAAACGCUAGCGUUCUCCCCCAGUCGCAAAAAUCCAAAGAAAAGACCCAGCCAUUCGGACCCUUCCCUAAAGGCAGGAAAGGUCUUGUGGAACGCUCGUCGCUUAUCAAACACUCCACCAAUAAAACCAGUCAGGAAGAAUUACAACGACUGCAGAGCGCCGAGCGCUCCAGCACGAAUAGCGACAAUCAGGCCUUCCUCACGGACAUUGUAAAUCAAGUGCUGCAAGGUGAAGGUGUUGGAUGGCUCAAACUUAAUCGACUUAAAAAGCUCAUGGAGGACGAAAGCUAUAGAAAUCUUGUUGUAACCAAGUUGAACAAAGCUUUGGACAGAAAGAUCAGUCCAGAUGAUCACAUCGACGAUGUUUGCAUCACAAGACCAGUUUAUAAAGGGAUGCUCAAGUGCCUUCAAGCAGUGGUUCAUGGUCUCGCUCAUACUUAUACCAAUUUUGGAUUGGGUGGUAUGGCCUCUGUUUUUCAGUUGAUGGAAAUUGCUCACACUCAUUAUUGGAGUAAAGAUCUCUCCGAGGGAGCAUUUGACAGUUCAGUGAUUUCGCAGACAUCCAGUCCCUUUGGCAGUAGAGAAAAUCUAAGAUCUCCACAGUCGCCAAAGCACGGCGAGUUCUUAGACAUAUCUCAAAAAUCUGGCUCUCACCAACCCACACAAGAACCACCGCAAGUGCGACUCGAGAUGUCUCAUCCACAAAUGCAAGGAUCCGAUGAGAGUCAAUCGACAACCGACAUGUUUCUGGACAUGUUCGCCAAGAAAGGAAAACUUCUGUCAAAACUAACAUCCUUUGACUCUGAGGGUGGGCGCGGUGCCGGAACCGGAAGCAGCGAAGCCCUAUCUACCGAUGGGGGCAGCAUUAUCACUAAUCCUGCGUUUCGUCAGGCGCAUCAAGCCUCCUUUCGCAGUACAGUGUCGGACAGUGAAGUUGAACAAGGCAACUUUCCAAGGACGAACAAACAACGUACAGCCAGUGUCUGGUCCAGUAAAUCAUCUUUGAGUACCGGUUUCAGGUAUCACGGUGGAAGUCUAGUACCAACGGCGACUACACCUAGUCCGGAAACUGCCAGAACUUAUCUCUUUGAAGGCCUUCUUGGAAAAGAAAGAUCAUCACUCUGGGAUCAAAUGCAGUUUUGGGAGGAUGCAUUCCUAGAUGCAGUAUCUCAAGAACGUGACAUGGUUGGAAUGGAUCAGGGACCUGGUGAGAUGAUGGAAAGGUACAAAAGUCUCAGUGAGAGUGAGCGACGUCGUUUGGAGCACGACGAGGACAGACUUCUCUGUACUCUGCUGCACAAUCUCACAGCGAUUCUUGUGAUGCUAAACGUCGAAAAGUCGGAACUGAAACGUAAAGUGCGAAGACUACUUGGAAAAAGUCACAUAGGGCUCAUUUACAGCCAAGAAUUGAAUCAGCUACUCGAUCAAAUAACCAAUCUCCAUGGAAAUGACAUCGACUUAAAACCGUUGACCUCGAGACAAAUGCACAGGCAAUCAUUUACCGUGCACGCAGGGGUAGAUGCAGAAGGUGAUUUACGGUUUCUAGAAGUUCGUCACGACGGACUAGUACUGAGAUCCGUCAAUGGUGUCAUCGUCGAACGUUGGUGGUACGAACGUCUGGUCAAUAUGACUUACAGUCCAAAGAACAAGGUUCUUUGUCUCUGGAGGCGAAAUGGUGGUCAGACUCAGUUGCACAAAUAUUACACAAAAAAGUGCAAGGAUCUGUACUACUGCAUAAAGGACGCCAUGGAAAAGGCUGCGGCUCGUGGACGCGGUGCCAACGUCGGCGUGGAACUAGGCGGUGAGUUUCCCGUGCAGGAUAUGCGCACGGGAGAAGGUGGACUUCUUCAGGUUUGCAUGGAAGGCGUCGGACUACUCUUCGCGAAUAGCAAGGAUUUCGAGUUUUUCGUAAGACUCGAUCAUAUCCGCAAGUGCUUUACUCAGAAGGGUGGGAUCUUCGUUUUGGAAGAGUUCAACCCCAAAACUAGACAAGUAAUUCAACGUAAAUAUAAGUCGCAAAUGGCAGAUCAGAUCUGCUACGCCGUACUCUGCGUAUUCUCUUAUUUGGCGGCGGGGUUGGAGCAGCGAAAACAGCUGCAGCAUCAUCAACAACAACAGCAUCAACAGCAGCAUCAGCAUCAACAUCAACAUCAAAUGGCACAAUCUACUUCCGGUACAAGACACUCGGAACCUUUGCCACGUAAUCACUGACACAAAGGUAGACAUUCCCUUCCGUUCGUUCACAAUUACAACAGUUGCGCUCCUUACGCCUGUCUGCCUUGGGUAUGAAGACCCGGUGAACGUCGGAGAUCUUCUUCAAGUUGUCAACAUUGACGACAGCGCUUAUGGAUCAUCUAGAUGAUAGAAGUAGAACGUAGUAAGAUAUCGUAGCCAAUAUUGAUACGCCAGUAUCAUAAUUCGCCGUCGUCUCAUCGUCGUUGUAGUUCCUGGUGAUCCCUAAUGAAAAACUGAACUAUUAGGAGUCUAUGUUUUAUAAAGUAAACUAAAGCCCGAUUAGAUCCCUAAAUUCGCUCGACAAAAAUCCAGGGCGCGAUAAUACGCUCAUCCUGAUGUUUAUCGCAUCCUUACGGAAAUUAUAACUCACCCACCGAGGACGCCCACGUCUAGACAAUAUUAUUGACGAGUCUGCGCUCAUCGUAAUAUACAUGUGCAUAAUGCGCGAGAUACAUAGCUAAAAUAUUACAUAACUGUAUUUAUCAUGUGACGCGUCUGGUUGAUCGACGCGUCUUCAUCGUGAAGCAACAACAUUGGCUCGACGCUACAAAUAACGGUUGUUGCACUUUGUAUAGAUUAACAGAGAAACGUAGUAUCUAUCUAAACGGCCACACCUUUGUAAACCCCCUUUGUAGACAUUAUCUACAAUUAUUUAUUAUUUAUGUAUGUAUAUAUAUAUUACGAAUACUGUAAAUAUAUAUACAUGUAUUUGUAACUACUUGAGAGCUGUGAAACACGCAACUUUACUGGCGAAUGUACUUAUUGUACGUUCUGUAUGUUCUGACACGAUCUUACAGUUACGGAUCAUCUCAAUUGGCAUUUAUCAAUGACGCUGAUUCAAAAUAUAUUAUGAGAUGCCGCGCAGGUUAUUAUUAUUAUGCCGUUCGUACAGAACGCACUUUAAAGAUGAAUGGCAUAGUUGUCCUACGCAGUCUGCGUGGAUAGAACAAGCAAUAUGUAAGGAAUCGCAAGUAUAGGCUGAAUCUUUUAGCGUAUGACUUUAUUGCACAUCGAAUCGCGCGUUUCUUGUGAAAGUCACAAAUUUACGUGACACGAGAAUCGAUAAGAUGAAAGCAUACCGGAAGUUCAUCCUAGCUGUGCUUCUCUCUUACUUCCUUUAACAUAUUAUGGGUCAUGCAUAUUGUAAUGCGUGAUUCUCCUAUUUCCUUUCAUCUAUCCUCGUCCCUGACUUCCCUUCCCGACUCGUUCCCACUCCUGUUUCUAAUUUCGUGUUUUUCAAAUGUAUAGAUUUACUUUGAGUUAUGUAGUUUGGAUAAAUGUAUGUGAGAGUUAGAUAAUGCAA